GCCACGGUUCUGGAGUACCCAAAUAAACUCGGUUUGCUGUCCACACCAAGUUGUCCUGGAGUGGUGUAACAUUUUGGAGGUCCCACUGAGAUCGUUUUUGGGACUACUUCACACAGAGGAACACAGUAAAGGAGCAUGACAGAGCAAAGGGGCUAAUGCUAACGGAUUGCAACAGUCUAGCUAAUGCGACGCAAACUGUGUUUUCUCCAGUCGGAUACACUGAGAGAGCUUCACUCGUCUUAGUUAUCUUUCAAGUAUGUCUGUGAACCGUGAAGAUUUUUUGUUGGAGUUGGAGCAGAAGUUAUGUGGACUUUCUGUGGAAGAACUGCUCAGAGUAUGUGAACUAUGUAAUAUUACAGAAAAGGACAGCGAAGAAAUACAAAGCAAAUCUCGCAGAGCUCUCGUUAAGCUUAUUAGCCAGUUCUGUGAACGAGAAGAAUUUUUGCAACGAGAGGAUGAAGGCAUGUCGGUGCUUCUGGAGCUAAAUGAUGUGCUGGUUUUGCUGGUAGAGGCGCGGUCAGCGGCUGUCGGCGCGGGAGCGGCGGCCCGGUCUUCAUCUUCAGACAGAGCGGGGAUGACGGCGGAGGCUGUGCACGAGGGGCAACUGGCAGUGGCGCGGGCACCUCCGGAGCGGCGGACAGGGCCGAUGACAUCGCUGGAGCAUCAGGCGGCUCAAGGGACAUCAGCGGAGCAGCAGGUGGCCAUGAGGACGUCGCUGGACGGCGAAACACAGCGCAGGGGGAGAGACUGCAUUGGCAACAGCUGCUGUAAUGUUUCAUCAGGUGGAUUCAGAAAAGACUUCAGGAUAAGUGGACAUGUGGUAGUGGUCAGGCCGAAGAGGAGGAGGAGGAGGAGUAGCUGCAGCAGAGAGCCGGAACUGGGAGUGCUGCAAAGUGCCGUACUAUAAGAAGCACCAAUCACAGAAACAGUGUGAACAAAAUAAAAAGGCUGAAAGUGAGUUUUCUGAGUUGU